GAUCCUCAGGCCUCCACAAUGUCGGCCCCUGCCUCCAGACCCUGCCUUCCUUACCUGCUGCUGGCUCUGCUGUUGGGACUCACAGGUGUGGCAGGUGAGACGGAGCUGCAGGUGAUCCAGCCUGAGAAGUCAGUGUCUGUCGCAGCUGGACAGACAGCCACUCUGCGCUGUACCCUGACCUCCCUGCACCGCUUUGGGCCGGUUGAGUGGUUCAGGGGAACAGGGCCAGCCCGGGAGUUAAUCUUCAGUUUCAGAGGAGGCCACUACCCCCGAGUAACAACUGUUUCAGACACCACAAAGAGAAACAACACAGACUUUUCCAUCUGCAUCAGUAACAUCACCCCAGCAGACACUGGAACCUACUACUGUGUAAAGUUCCAGAAAGGGAGCCCUGAUGUGGAGUUGAAGUCUGGACCAGGCACUCAACUCAUAGUGAGCGCCAAACCCUCUCCCCCCGUGGUGUCGGGUCCCACAGCCAGGGCCUCGCCUGAGCAGACCGUCAACUUCACCUGCAAGUCCCAUGGCUUCUCCCCCAGAAGCAUCACCCUGAGAUGGUUCAAAAACGGGAAUGAGCUGGCAGCCUCCCAGACCACCGUGGACCCGGAGGGAAACAGCACUUCUUACAGCAUCUCCAGCACAACCAGGCUGGUGCUGGCCCCGGGGGACGUUCACUCCCAGGUCAUCUGCGAGGUGACCCACGUGACCCUGCAGGGGGGCCCUCCUCUUCGUGGGACUGCCAACUUGUCUGAGGUCCUCCGAGUUCCGCCCACCUUGGAGGUUUUCCAGGAACCCGUGGCAGGGGACCAGGUGAAGGUCACUUGCCAAGUGAAGAAGUUCUACCCCCAGCGCCUACAGCUGACCUGGUUGGAGAACGGAAACCUGUCCCAAACAGAAACGGCCUCGACGGCCUCGAACCUCACAGAGAACAAGGAUGGGACGUUUAACUGGACGAGCUGGCUCCCGGUGAACUCAUCCGCCCACAGGGAAGAUGUGGUGUUCACCUGCCAGGUGCAGCAUGACGGGCAGCCUGCGGUCACCAAAAACCAUACCCUUGUGGCCUCUGCCCACCAGAAGGACCAGGACCCAAGGCUAUCUACUCCACUCCUGCUGGCUCUCACCCUGGGCCCAAAACUGCUGCUGCUCAUCACUAUCUCUGUCAUCUAUGCCCACAAGAAGCAAGGGCCUGACUCACCAACUUUGCGUCUCACCUGGAUAGAGAAUUGUCAUACCUUCAAGGGAGCAGAGGAACCAACAUCCAAGCAGAAUAGUGAUGGGACCUACACCUUGGAAAGCUUGCAUUUGGUGAAUGUGUUGGGGCAGGAGUCUGAGCGGGUCCUCACCUAUAAGGUGCAGCAUGAGGCACAAGCUCCCAUCCAGGCCAACUUCAUGCUGUCUGCAGCAGCUCCUGGCACACACAAGCCCAUUGGAACCUCAGGUCCAGAGAUGACUGUCCUUAUGUUUGUGGCUUUCCCUCUGGGCUUCAAGGUGCUGGUGAUGAGUUUCAUAGUCACCUACAUCUGCAGGUGGCAGAACCUGUAA